AUGGCGACAUGGUGUGACAAAAACCCCAGUUUGCCUCCCUUUGUCAUUGUCAAUGAAUGGACUAACCUUGAAAAGAUUGUCUUUGCCCCCACAAAUGAUCCAAAUGCUUUCAUGCCAUUGCCUGAUACGGGAGAGUUUGAUUUGGAACUUGAGAAGCCAACAAGGUAUGUGCCUUGGUGCAGUGUGGAUCCUUAUCCUUCUCUGAGGACCAUGGAUGAUGAGAUGGCCAAGUUUCCCCUGUACUUCAAUGGCCCUCGGCCGUUUGAAUGUACUGUGAAGGCUGGCGAGGUUCUGUAUUUGCCAAGUAUGUGGUUCCAUCAUGUUAGACAGGGUGCGGAUGAUGGAGGGUUAACUAUUGCAGUAAAUUAUUGGUACCAUAUGCAGUUUGACAUUAAGUACGCUUAUUUCAACUUCUUACAGUCUAUUCGAUAUCGAUCUACUCCAAGUACAAUGAUAAAUGAUAAAUUGUCUGAGGAGAUAGAUUCAGAUUCUGCUUAUUAUGAAUCUUGAUGAAUUUUCAUUUCUUCUCUCAGCCGACCAUAUUUGAUGAAUUCAAGCGAAUGCUGAAUACCAAAUGUACAGGGGUACUUGAUCAAACACUUCCAGGAAUGUGAGAAAGCAUUGUUCCCAAAACGUGCAGCUACUUGUUCUUCAAUUCAUUUGUACCAUGUGAUGCCAAUUUUCCCCGUUACCAUUUUCUUUCUUCCUCUUUCUGCUGUGGGUGCUGUAUGUAUUGGUCUUAUUGAGCAAAUUUUAGUAUUAAUCUAGCUUUUUAGUUUCUGCAAGACAUUUCA